UACCUUGCUCUACACAGUAUACCACACAUAGCGUACACGCUUGUAAUACCUUUUCCAACCCACACUUACCGCGUUCUGAUCACAAUAUCAAUCUCGACCUGAUCUGUAAGAUAUCAGCUCUCUUCAAACCCCUAGGUCACCAGUUUCCAAUAUUAUUUUUACCAAUCUCUUCAAGUCAUCAAAAUUGUAGCCUACUAAUCUUUGAUAUUAGUGCACUUGGAGCCGAAGAUGCGCCACGCCCUGGCAAACAAGGCUGCCGCCAGAGCGAAGUCGCUGAACUUGAGCGUCGAUACCAAUGUCAACACCGACACUCGUGGCUCAGUGGCAACGACUCGGGGUGCAGAUGUUUCUACCCAGAUCUUAACCGCACCACCAAAUCAGCAGAACUUUGACAGCACCGAAGUCAGAGUCAAGUCCGCGAAGCCAAGCGAGGCUCUCGCUAACCCUAAUUGGCGAUCCCGCCAGUUAGGCCCGGGUGCUCCCCUAAGACCCCCCAAAACUGCUGGCCUACCGAAGACCGAAUUCCAGAGAUCCGGGGGUCACGAAGCAAAGAACCCCGUCCGGGAUGUUUCCCUAGACGAUGAAUCUUCUGUGCGCCGAUAUCGAAUGACGCCUGUUGAUCCUGAUUUCAUCCAUUCAGCUCCAUUAACGAAGAAGGAAUUCACAGGUGCAGAUAUUGACUCGGGCGGCACUGAGGAUGAUGAGGACAGAGACAUGUAUCCAACAGACCAGCAGCGUGGCAACGAUCUAGGGGUAGAGGCUCUUGUCCGAUUGGAACCACUAUCUCCAAGAACUCGCGAAAACUUUGGACGUCAGAAGGCAGAUAGCCAAUGGAUGGAGAAGUGGCGUUAUGGAGAUUCUCCGUUAAGUGCCACUCCACUCCCGCAGACAAAUUCUUCAUGCUCAGAGGAAUACAUUACCUUUCCAGCCGCCAAUGUUAAAGCAAUUAGAGAAUCCCGAAGAUUCAAGACAGGCGCCUGGGGGGACCUAGACGAACAAGUGCAGAGACAAGUUUUUGAGUUUAAGGAGCCACGUACGGCAGGUCUUCCGUUACGUUACCUGCAUCGAGAGAAUGAAAGCGGUAGACGUCCAUUAGUCUUUGAAUCCAUCGUUCAGGAUCCAGCAACCCGUGGAACAACGUUCAAUAGUAGACGCCUGGUGGCGCCUUGCCCCCCAACUAUCCCCGAGCAUCCUCAAGAAGAGGCUCAGCGCUACGAUACUUUAAUCCACAAACUCAACAAGGGGUCAGACUUUUCCUUCGCUGACGAACGCCACAAACAGGAACAAACUGACGAUGGACUCCGCAUCCGAGAACAAUUUCGUGCGAUUGGACGCCGCUCAAACAUUGAGAAUAAGGAGAGUUCUGCAGCGUCAAAGUCGAUGACUCUAUGCCGCCCAUCGACGAAUGGCGCCAGCGAUUUUGGAAUCGGGGCUAUUGAAAAACAGCGCAAACUAUUGAACCCUCAAGCUUCUGAGUUUCAAUUUUCUGGUCAAGUCUCCCACGACUUUUCCAGUUCAUCAAACACAACUCAUCCUAAUCGUCCAACUCCAACUAUUAACAAUCCUCCGAACAAUCAAGUUAUUGUUAGUAGCGACGCACAAGUAAUCUUGGAAAUGCUAGCUCGCCUCCGAGAAGAGGUAGCAGAAUUAAAGCAAUCGACCACGCACCCAUCGAACUCCCAAGGCGCCGGGCUUCAGCAGCAGCUAGACAAAUUGCAAGACAUGGCGAAAAGCAUGAGCACAGACUCAGAAUCUCAGUCUCCGACUGAGCCUCCGACUGAACAGAACCAAGCUCAGCAGACAGCACUUGUACAUGUCCCCCGCCAAUCGCAGCAAGGACACCAGCAUGGUCAGCAUGGAAGCCAGUAUGGAACUCAGUACGGAACUCAGUAUGGAACUCAGUAUGGCACUCAGCCGGGAUUUCAACAGGUAUACCAGCAAGGAUAUCAGCCAUAUGGAGGUUAUACGCAACCUCAACCUCAACCUCCUGCGGUGUCAUGUCCCGGUAUGAUGCAAAGUCAGACGUACAUCCCUGGGAUGUAUGAUAGUCCCAUUGUCAGUGGAUCGGUAUAUGAUCCAUCUGCGUACAAUGGAGCUAACAACGGAGUUAACAAUGGCACUGGUUAUAGUUCAGCUGGCUACGCUCCUGCUUACCCGGUGGCUCCUGUCUAUGACUUCAGCGGGCAGCCAAAUACGCAGUUCCACGCGGUUCCCAUCGUGAACCCAGCUACCCUUGCCGCUCCUGUGAGCACUGGUAACAUACCACUCCCUCAACAGGCACAAAUGGCCUUUGGUCCUAAGCCAGUCAGGAAGCCUCGCGGACCUCCCCGUAUGGGUGAUCCUCACUAUGCGGAACACCAACAAAACUAUGAGCUGUACCUUGAGAUGAAGCGUGCGACCGACCCCGAGUAUGCACGACAAUGCAGGGAUCGCCAGGCAAGACGCUCUGAGCGACAACGAUCCUCAAAGACAUCUUGAGUAUUCGCUUAGGUCUCUGUUAUAUCGUCUUAACGAUAAACAUCUUGGCGAAUGGAUAUUUGGAUCCUCGAAUGGGAUCAUCUGCGUAUUGCGAACGGCAAACAACCUUCCACGGAUGUUAUUGGUUUCAUUUUAAU